CAGCAAAACUCAAGCAGCUGCAAUCACUUGGACAUGCUCCUGAAUUGGAUCCAGGCAAUUUGUGAAAGUUAUGACCUUAAGGUCGAAAAUUUUUCAUCGUUGGUUGAUGGAAAAGCUAUGUGGUGCUUGCUUGAUUAUUAUUUCCGCAAGGACAAUCGCUGUUCCUGCUCUUAUCAGGCACUAGGUGAAACAAAAGAAGAAGUUUCCAUAGUAUCUGUAAUUGAUUACACAGAUGCAGUGCACAAUUUUAUUCUAUCUCAAAAGCUGCCAUUGCUAUUGGGGAGGUUUCCAGAGGUACUACAAGUCAGUGAUAUACUGGAAACAAACGGUGCAUGCAAUGGUCAGAGUGUCAUUAUUCUCUUGGUGUUUCUCUCAUUUCAACUACUAGUUAGAAGAAACAAGGAUCAAUUGAAUUUCCACAAGUUAUUGGGAUUUAAUUGUCAAAGUCCUGAAAGAAAACGGCUAAGCGCGGACCAGUGGUUUAUGCAUCUAGAAGCAGCUGUAGACCCAGAACAAAAUGAUGACAAAGAUGCUGCCAGAAAUUUUAAGGCUGUAAUGGCUUGGUGGCAAGAGAUGGCUCAACAAAAUAACAAAUGCACUUCUAAGGAAACUUCUAGCAGUCCAAAGUGGUCUUUUACUAGUAAAAGGAGCAAUGAUACUCAAAAAGAAAAUGCAGCCAAAGUAAUACAGUCUCAUUUCAGACAGUCAGUGCAGCGUCGCAAAUAUUUGAGGAUUAGGAAUGCAGUCUGUAUCUUGCAAGCUGCAAUACAAGCAUGGCUGAGGGUAAAGAAGGAACCAUCAAUUCAGUUCUUUGGUUCACAGACAUAUCUGGCAUCACUAUGCGGUGCUAGGAAUUGUUCAGAAAAUUUGGAAAAUCACUCUGCCUUUGUGGUUGAUAGACAUGCCUUUCUUAAGUUGAGAAAAUCUGUAAGAAUCAUCCAGCGUGCCACUAGAGACUGGAUUUCCCGGAGACAUGUGACUGGAGAUGCAUCACCGCAAGAUUUGUCCACUCCAACUCUCAAUGAUGCUGCCAUUGUCAUACAAAAGUGUAUUCGUGGGUGGAUAGUAAGGUCUUCUCUUGUAAACACAGACCAAUCUCCCACAGUUUCUAAGGAACGUGAAGAGAAUAUGUAUCAUAUAAAUGCAGCGGUAACUAUCCAACAUGCUUCAAAGGAAUAUACAUUAAGCAGCCCUAUACACAGUCAACACUUUGCAGCAACUAAAAUUCAAAGUCACUAUCGUGGAUGGUUGAUGAGGAAAAUUUUUGUGGAUCAGAAGCAAGCAGCAACAAAAAUACAGAGCAUUUUCCGAUCUGCAAGAUGUUUGAAGGAUUUUCAUUGCUAUAAACGGGAAGCUCUUUCAACGAUUACAAUCCAGGCUUAUGUCCGCAAACGGAUUGCUCAAAGAGAAGUUUAUAGGCGUAAAUCUCAAAUUAUUAUGAUUCAG